GCUCGCUCUCCCACCUAUAUCCCUCCCGCCUCUCCCUCCCCGCCCGCUGGAGUAGAAGUAGUAGGAGUAAUCCGCUCGCCGCCGCUGCGGUUAUCCGUUCGAGGUUGAUGCGCUGCAAAGUUUCCUCUUCCGGGCUGGCUGGCUGGCUGGGCUGGAGUGACUCACGUAAACUUCGCCGCUCCGCUCCGGCCACCGGCCUUUCCAUCUUUUGCCGCUGCUCCCUUACCUGCCCCGCAACCGCGGGUUGAUUGCCUGCUUUAAUCUCGUGCCUUUCCUCUCUCUCAUUUUCCAGUCGGCCCCGUUCAUUUCUCCUGGAUUUCGCGUACAAAUCGCCCUUCCCUUUUCCAUUCCAAUUAAUACUGCACGAGCCGUGAUGUCGCGUACGGAGUCGACAAGCUGUAUAUAAGCCCUCGCUGUGUUUCUUCCGUCCUUCCUCUAGGUUUCUCCUCCCAUAGCUUCCUGUCCCCAAAAGCUCCUUUUCUCUCGACUCAACUCAACUCGGAGGAGCCUCUGCGCCAGUGCGCCGCGCCCUCGGGCAUAGUGGGCUAAAGAUGGGGCGUGCCAUGCGGUGGCUCAAGAGGCUGCUCACGGGCAGGAAGGAGGCGCACGGAGGCGGCAAGGAGAUCCAUGCCGCGACCGACUGGCAUGACGCGGCGGUGAAGGAGUCCACCAAGAGAUGGAGCUUCGUGAAGCAGAGGAAGAGCGGGGUUGACGCCGGGAAGCGGCCCUCAGAGCCUCUCGCCGCCGCGCUGGAGGUGAAGCCAUGCCGCUGUGCCGGCGGCGAGCAGGCGGGAGCACGCGAGGAGAAGGCGGCCGUCGUGAUUCAGAAAGCCUUCAGAGGCUACCUGGCUAGGAAGGCGCUCCGCGCUCUCAGAUCACUCGUCAAGCUGCAAGCUCUGGUCCGAGGCUACCUCGUGAGGAAGCAGGCGGCCACGACUCUGCACAGGUUGCAGGCGCUCAUGCGGCUGCAGGCCGAUUCCCGCGCAUUCAAGAGCGCCUCCUACCGGAAAUCCAUGGAGCAGGAGAGGAUCGUUGCGCAAGAUGCUCGGAUGAGGACGCCGCCGGCCAAGCCGGGGCACCGCCGGAGGCUGUCCGACAGCACAGACUCCAACUACGAGCGCAGCCCGCGGAUUGUGGAGAUGGACACGUGCCACCUCCGCUCCCGGUCCAGCCGGAUGGUGAGCAGCGGCCGGUACGCCACCGAUCGCUCGUCGGGCCGCCUCGCCCCGGACGUGGCCCUGCCGUUCUCGCCGCGGUCUGUGAAGCAGCCCCCGCGGCUGUGCACCCGGCGUGAGCCCGUCAGGCUCGCCAAGACGGCGCAGAACACGCCCCGCUUCGGCGGGCCCGACGCGCCCUACACGUACGACUCGCCUGCCAAGAGCGUGGACGGGCUGGCGGCGCGGCCGGCCUGGCACCGGGACCUGCUCGCGAGCCCGCGGUACAUGGCGGGCACGGCCUCGUCGGCGGCGAGGCUGCGGUGCCACAGCGCGCCCAGGCAGCCUGAGGAUGCGCCGAGGGCGAGCCUGACCCAGCGGGAUGCUGGGCCGAGGAAGUCGAUGUGCACGCGGACGCAGCAUGGCGGCCUCUGCUUCCACAGCUCGGAUGCCACCCACACGCGCCGCUCCGACCUCAGCGACGACGCGGCAAGAGAUUAUUACUUGGACAGGAUGUGGUGAUCGUCUGAUCUAUGAGAUGGAGGCGGACGGACGGUGGUGUAAGAUACCAGUUGUUGCAAAUUGCUGGAUAGUCUCCGAAUUUUGUACAUGCUUAGUUGUUAAAUUUUCUUUCUUGAUGACAUCUACGAGCUGCUAAAGUGUUACUACAACCACAAUAUUUUGGGACGGAGGGAGUAUGUCUUAGCUCGUAGUAACACUUUGGCAUGUGCCAAAAACGUUUUUAUAUUUUUGGACUGAGGAAGUAAUAAGUAGUGUGAAAGUCUGAAAGUUUACGACA